AUGGCUGACGUACUUCUCUCAGCCUUGCUACCGGUGGUGAUGGAGAAGGUAACAGACUCUGUUCUCCAACGGUUUGGAGUUAUGUGGGGCAUCCAUGACAAGCUCAAAAAGCUGGAAAGAAUGCUGUCGGCAAUCCAUAACACACUUGAAGAUGCAGAGGAGCGGCAAGUCAGGGAUCCUGCUGUGAAGAGGUGGUUGGAAGCACUGAAGGAUGAAGCCUACGAAGCAGACGACAUACUGGAUGAAUUCGAAGUGGAAGCAAUGCGGCGGAAGGCAGAGAUUCAAGUCGAUAUGACGAGAAAGGUGCGCAGCUUCUUUUCUUUUCAUAAUCCAGUUUGGUUUCGUUUUAAGAUGGGGCGACAGUUGAACGAUAUUGUUGAGAAAAUAGAGAAAAUCAUAGAUGAGGGAAAUCAAUUUGGUUUCACGGUCAAACCACCACCACAAAACAGGGAUAGGCCACAGACCCACUCCUAUGUUGAUGAGUCAAAUGUCAUUGGAAGGGAGGAAGAUAGAGAAAAAAUAGUGAAGUUGUUACUUGAUCAUAAUCACAACCAGAAUGUUGCAGUCCUUUGCAUAGUUGGUAUAGGGGGUCUGGGUAAGACCACACUGGCCCAAUUGAUUUACAAAGAUGAGAGGGUGAAGGAGCAUUUCCAGCUGCUUAUGUGGGUCUGUGUGUCGGAUGAUCUCGAUGUUGCAAAUCACAUUCAAAAAAAAAAGAGUACGAUGUUGCAAAAGUUGCUCGAAAAAUAA